AUGAAAAAGCCAUUACUACACGGUUUGAAGUCUGAUUACGCCUUCACCAAUGAAACCUGCCGCAGUCUGAAGAUCGAUUCUUUUCUCUCUGGUCUGUCUGCUACUGUUUGGAGUGAUGUGGACGAGCUGGCUAGCGCAUUUACUCAAGCACACGAAAACGAAAACAUUACCGCAGCAAAAGCCUUCACAACCAUUUGUUAUGCAUUCGACAUCAUUUCAUCAAAGCGAAGAAAGCAUUUAGCAUUGCAUGCUUAUGUAACAGACGUGCUAAAAUACAUCAAAUCCAAGGAAAUGAAAAGCAAAUUUUAUGGAAAGUAUGAAACUGCUCAGAUUGAAGCAAAGGCCAGAUUUGAAGCACACAACAACGCACUGCGUUUGCAAAUCGUGGAAUCCAAGAAGUACGCAGCUGAAUUAGACAAGCAGAUUGAACACAGCUCAACCACGGAUACACCAAAUGAGCAGAUCGACACAGCCACGAACACCAGCAACACAAGACAUUUGAACAAGAGAGAACGAGACGAGUUUUAUGCAGCAGGCAGAAAAGGCAAACGACGAGCGAUGUCAGUGGGAAGCGUGAUCAAACUUGAUGCCUUGAACAGCUUCGAAAAUUAUGUGCAGUCAGAAAAGCUUUCAUCUUAUCAAAGGAAGAAUAUGAGUGCUGGAUUGUCAUCUGUCUUGGAUAUGGUCGAUCAGUCUGAUGAGGGUCAGCAAUCAUUAUUCACAACAGUAGAAUGGGAAGAUAUGAAGUUGCAAAUGAUGGAGAGGUACGGUGUUCAGCACAAAAGACGGGUACCAGAUAGAAUUACUACUUCUUGGAGUAUCAUCACUGGCUUGUCGCAAAAGGAUCAGAACUUUGACGUAGCUCGUAUUUACUUGGCUCGAUUGAAAGUUGCUCCCAAUUACCAGGAUAUCAAAAAGUACCUUGUUGUUUUAGAGAUUUGCCUGAACAUCUUAGAGCACAACCCUAACAUGUUUGAGAAGAAGCACGCUGAUCGCUUGACGGAAUACUAUUAUCUGAACAAGGUGUGGACUCCUCUUAUUGAUGCUGUGUUUGCAAUCAAUGGUUCAAUCAUUCGUAUGAAAAGUGGAGAAAGCAUGAAUGAUAAUAGCACAAGCAACAAGCAAGAAGUUUACCAUGAUCGCUCAUCCAUUGCUGGGUUCAAGAUUGAUAUGCGCUUUCUGUAUGACACUGAUGAGCAUGAGUAUGAUAUUGGCGCUGGCGAGGCUGCCAAGGCUUACCAGGAAGCCAAGUUGGUGGAUGACCUGAGCAAAUUGAUUAGAGAAUCAAAGGAUGUGCUAGAUGGAUUGAUGAAUAUUGUCUUGGAUGAUCACACGGCUAACAAGCUCGAGUCAUGGUUUCUGCAAAUUUGGGGUCUUUCGGCGGAAAUUGGAUCAACACACCUGGCAUUUGAUGGUCUUUAUGUGGCAGUGCCACAAGCAAAGCUGCGCUUCCCCUCUAACAUUGCAACCAUGGGUUCAUUUGUAGACUUCUUGGACGUGCUGCUGCUGCUUACAGCAAAGUUUGAAAAGUGUGCAAUGAAAAUCACGUCUGCUGUGGAAGAGCUGGAGAACAGACGAAGCUCCAUGGGUAUUGCUUUUAGUCGCAAUCGCUCCCUUUUGCAGGGUAAGAAACGUGAUGCUUGGAUGCGCCCAACGUAUUACUCCCCUCCUCGUGAUGUGGCUGCUGAUGCCAAAUUGCCUGUCAACUUGUUUGGUUUCGACAAAGAUGAUAGUGAUGCGCAUUCCGUUGAAGAUGUGGAGGAUGACCAAGUCUCAGAUGCAAGUGAUACGAACGCUGACCAGUUUGGAUGGGUCUAUCAAGAUGGCGCGUGGAGAAACGUUUUCGUCAUGGAAUCAAGAGUAGACACCCAUCGCCCAGAUGAAGAGUGA